UAUCUCAGGUCCUUUCUUUCUGGUGCAUUUGGAGAAGGCGUCACACUGGAUCACUUUUCACAUCCAGCCCAUGCAGAAGGAGCAGCAAAGGCUUGACAGAGCUGAAAUCAUUUUUGCAAUGUUUCUCAGAAGCUCAGAGGUUGAUUACAUCCUGCUCAAAGAUUCUUGGGCUGUUUUCACAAACAUGGGUCUUGCUAGGUUGUGCCGUUUGGAGGUCUCAUUGCACAACAUGCUGCGACUCCGUCUCUCACCUCCAUUCUCAUUGGGAUUUCACCUGUUAGCGGUGAUGGCCCUCCUGCUUUCCCACGUGGACCAUAUAACUGCAGAGACAGAGAUGGUGGAAGAAGGAAAUGAAACCGGUGAAUGUACAGGCUCCUAUUACUGCAAGAAAGGGGUGAUUUUGCCCAUUUGGGAGCCUCAAGACCCUUCUUUUGGGGACAAAAUUGCGAGAGCAACUGUGUAUUUUGUGGCCAUGGUCUACAUGUUUCUUGGCGUCUCUAUCAUCGCUGACAGGUUCAUGUCCUCCAUAGAAGUCAUCACAUCCCAAGAAAAAGAAAUAACCAUAAAGAAACCCAAUGGAGAAACCACCAAGACAACCGUGAGGAUCUGGAACGAGACUGUGUCUAACCUGACUUUGAUGGCGCUGGGAUCUUCUGCCCCUGAGAUUCUCCUCUCUGUAAUUGAAGUGUGUGGCCACAACUUCACCGCAGGAGACCUCGGUCCAAGCACUAUUGUGGGAAGCGCUGCCUUCAACAUGUUCAUCAUCAUCGCACUGUGUGUGUAUGUGGUCCCCGACGGAGAGACAAGGAAGAUCAAGCACCUGCGCGUGUUCUUUGUGACUGCUGCCUGGAGUAUCUUUGCCUACACCUGGCUUUACAUUAUUUUGUCUGUCAUUUCCCCCGGCGUGGUGGAGGUCUGGGAAGGGUUGCUCACGUUCUUUUUCUUUCCCAUCUGCGUCGUGUUCGCAUGGGUAGCAGACAGAAGGCUUCUGUUUUAUAAGUACGUCUACAAGCGGUAUCGGGCUGGCAAGCAGAGGGGGAUGAUCAUAGAGCACGAAGGGGACAGACCGUCUUCCAAGACUGAAAUCGAAAUGGAUGGAAAGGUAGUCAACUCGCACGUGGAGAACUUCUUAGAUGGCGCUCUGGUUCUGGAGGUUGAUGAGAGGGACCAAGAUGAUGAAGAAGCGAGGAGGGAAAUGGCCAGGAUUCUGAAGGAGCUUAAGCAGAAGCAUCCAGAGAAGGAAAUAGAGCAAUUGAUCGAACUGGCUAACUACCAAGUCUUGAGUCAGCAGCAAAAGAGUCGCGCGUUUUACCGAAUUCAAGCUACUCGCCUGAUGACAGGCGCCGGCAACAUCUUGAAGAGGCACGCAGCCGACCAAGCAAGGAAGGCGGUCAGUAUGCACGAGGUCAACACGGAAAUGGCCGAAAAUGACCCCGUUAGUAAGAUCUUCUUUGAACAAGGGACAUAUCAGUGUCUGGAGAACUGUGGGACAGUGGCCCUGACCAUUAUUCGCAGAGGUGGCGAUUUGACCAACACUGUGUUUGUUGACUUCAGGACAGAGGACGGCACAGCCAACGCUGGGUCUGACUAUGAGUUCACCGAAGGAACCGUGGUCUUUAAGCCUGGAGAGACUCAGAAGGAAAUCAGGGUUGGCAUCAUCGACGAUGACAUCUUCGAGGAGGACGAAAACUUCCUGGUGCAUCUGAGCAACGUCAAAGUGUCCUCAGAGGCCUCAGAAGAUGGCAUACUGGAAGCCAACCACGUCUCUACCCUUGCUUGCCUCGGGUCCCCCUGCACUGCCACUGUUACUAUUUUUGACGAUGACCAUGCAGGAAUCUUUACUUUUGAGGAACCCGUGACCCACGUGAGCGAGAGCAUCGGCAUCAUGGAGGUGAAGGUGUUGAGAACCUCGGGAGCUCGAGGAAAUGUUAUCGUCCCCUACAAAACCAUCGAAGGGACUGCCAGAGGCGGCGGGGAGGACUUCGAGGACACUUGCGGAGAGCUCGAAUUCCAGAACGAUGAAAUUGUCAAAACAAUAUCAGUCAAGGUAAUUGAUGAUGAGGAGUAUGAGAAAAACAAGACCUUCUUCCUUGAGAUUGGAGAGCCCCGCCUGGUGGAGAUGAGUGAGAAGAAAGCACUGUUAUUGAAUGAGCUUGGUGGCUUCACAAUAACAGGAAAAUACAUGUAUGGCCAACCUGUCUUCAGGAAAGUUCAUGCUAGAGAACAUCCGAUCCCCUCUACUGUAAUCACCAUCGCAGAGGAAUAUGAUGACAAACAGCCGCUAACCAGCAAAGAGGAAGAGGAGAGACGCAUUGCAGAACUGGGGCGCCCCAUUCUUGGAGAGCACACCAAGCUGGAAGUGAUCAUUGAGGAGUCCUAUGAGUUCAAGAGUACAGUGGACAAACUCAUUAAAAAGACAAACCUGGCCCUCGUGGUGGGCACCAACAGCUGGAGAGAACAGUUCAUUGAGGCUAUCACUGUCAGCGCAGGGGAAGAUGAUGACGAAGAUGAAUGUGGAGAGGAGAAGUUGCCCUCCUGUUUCGAUUAUGUGAUGCACUUUCUGACUGUCUUCUGGAAGGUCCUGUUUGCCUUCGUCCCACCUACAGAAUACUGGAAUGGCUGGGCAUGCUUCAUUGUUUCCAUUCUCAUGAUUGGCCUACUGACAGCAUUCAUUGGAGACCUGGCUUCCCACUUCGGCUGCACCAUCGGCCUAAAAGACUCCGUGACUGCCGUUGUGUUCGUCGCACUGGGAACUUCCGUACCAGACACAUUCGCCAGCAAAGUGGCAGCCACCCAGGACCAGUACGCAGACGCAUCCAUAGGUAACGUGACAGGCAGCAACGCAGUGAACGUCUUCCUGGGAAUUGGCGUGGCCUGGUCCAUUGCUGCCAUCUACCAUGCGGCCAAUGGGGAACAGUUCAAAGUGUCCCCUGGCACGCUAGCUUUCUCUGUCACUCUCUUCACCAUUUUUGCUUUCAUCAAUGUGGGGGUGCUGCUGUAUCGGCGGAGGCCGGAGAUCGGAGGUGAGCUGGGUGGGCCCCGGACUGCCAAGCUCCUCACAUCCUGCCUCUUUGUGCUCCUGUGGCUCUUGUACAUUUUCUUCUCUUCCCUGGAGGCCUACUGCCACAUAAAAGGCUUCUGAAGGAACAAUCUGAUAUAAUAAAUUUAUAUAUAUAUACAUAUAUAUAUACAUAAAAAUUAUGUAUAACGAACAGAGAAAACUGACAUUUGUCAUGUUCACUCACCUGCUGAUGGAAUCCAGCUUCAAGAGCUUACUCUGUACUAGGGCCAAAGGCAGAAACCAUCACCUCCCAUUCCCAGGGGCGUCAAAUCAAGUUGGACAAGGCACAGAGGCAGGGCCAUCUCUGCAGCACAGCCAAGAAGAGCUGUCCUCUCUCCAGGUUCCUAGACGGUGAAGGCUUUGAUUUGUUUUCUUGUUUUUGACUUACUUUCAGCGGGAUCAGUGGGGUAGCUGAUAUUUGGCUUUUUGUUCUUUGUUUUGUUCCUCAUUUUGUUUCCUUGGCGGGGGGGGGGGGGGAGUGUCAAAGUCCUCACUUCUCCUUUGGGAGAGAUGGUGACUCAUCUGAAUGUAAAUGGGCUUGGUGUAAACAUUGAAAUCAUGAAGAUUCCCCUCACCUCUCCCAAACAUUUUAAAAAUUACUUUGGAUUGAGAAAGGAUCUGGGCAUGGAAGAAGAAAGAAGUGCAUCUUUGUGUAUUACCAAAUUUCAUGUUCAUCUCCAGAAAAUGAACAGAGGUAAAGCUGCCUCCAAGAAUCCCAGUAGCUGGAAAGGAGCUAGGAAAAUGAUGGUUCUAUAUGUGGUCUAAUAUUUAGGGAUAUGGUGCCCGGCACUCUUGUUCAACAGGUACAGGGGUAACGUGCCUAGAUUCCCCAGAUCAUGCAAAAUCUUUUUUUGUUUUUCCUCUUAUCUCUUUAGCUCUGGACUGUGAUCAGCAAAGCCCUUGUGUGCUCCAGCCCAGCUGUACUCCCAGAAGUCCCCUCCCAACCCUCUUCCCCCUGCCCACCCGCCCUCCAUACAACCUGGAAGAAUAAUCCCCUCCUAAAAGCACAUCAUCCUUUUCUAUCUGCAUCAGUAUGUGCCUGUCCCACAUUGCUGUUGCUGUUGGCUGGGAUUGUCCAUCAGUUUUGUUUUCCAAAGCAUCCAUGGCUUGCACAACCCUGUUCCAGUCAUGACUGAACAUUUGCUCCUGUUCAUGUGUCCAUUUGGGAAUGUUGAUGUGAUACCUGUUACACAGUGCAUGGAUGAAAAACAAAUAAAACAAAGCGUAUCUGUAUAUAGUAGAGUAUAGCAUAUGCUGUUCUCCCAGUCAGAAACACUGAUUGGACAUGGAAGACAUGAGUGAAUUUUUGUUUCACCUGAGUUGUUACUUUUCUGUUGUUUCUUAGUUUGAUUAUGCCUAGGGAUAAAAGAAGAAAAUGGCUUAUUGUUCAUGAAUCUGCACGUUCAUUUCUAAGAAGCAAUAACUGUGGAGAGAAGUGAAAGUUAAUGAGAGGAUAACACGCAAACCCAAAUAUCGUCAUGAAAAAUUAGCCAUGUGGGAACAUAUCAGAGGCCUUUUGAGUCUGCCCCUCAUUCAAGACAGCCAGGGAGAAGGCGCUGGAGAGAAGUGUAUGCACUUAGCGUUCCUGGGCACUCGGGGCCACCAUUUCCACGCCACCCCUUCCCCCAAAGUAUUUAUUGCAAGCUAAUCUGUCUGGUACAGAUGAUAGAUUGUGCUGGGUUGUUUGUUUUAUUGCUUUUUAUGUAAAAGGCUAUUUUGAGCACUGUUUCUUUCAUCAUCCAGUCCAGACCCCACGAAUUGUAUCAGUAGUUCCUGGGAAAGAAAUGAGCCAGGGUGACUGAUGGGCCUUUAAAAGUGUUUCCCUCUGCUUAGGACUAAGGAGAACCCUUUAAAAAAAAAACAACUCUUUCUAUUUCAAAAGAACAAAGAGCAUGGAUAAACCUAACAUUCCCAAGUGUUGAUUCCACCAAGGAGGAAAAAUGGAGUAACUUGCUCACUGUUCAGAGACUUCCUUGUCUCUGCAGGAUCUCAGACUGAAGACAUUCCUGGACCUCCUAUUGGUUCAGAGAUGCUUAAGAAAGAGAUACUGCUCUUCCUCCACUCAGUAAUCAUAGCCGUUCAUUUCGUAAACAUUUAACUGAAGGCUGGUUGCAUGCUCAAUAUGCCACAUAGUAUGCUGCUUUCUGGAGACUAAGUUAUGACCAAGAUAGCCCAGACGCCUGCCCUCAAGGAGUCUACAGUGAAUGUGACUGCUAUUUCACGUGUGAAAGAGGAAACAGUCAUACUGAAACAGUUUACCUUGCAAGGAAAGCGUUAUGAAACUAUUUCAACAUAAAUACUUCCAACAUAAAUACAGUGAAGGUUGCCCAGGGGCUAUGGUUUCCUUUAAAGCUCAGGUUUGGAGAAAGAACCCUCUGUGUCCUUGGAUAGCUGGCAGAUAUGUACCACUCCCCACUUUAAGCCAAGAAUGGCAAGCUCAGUGACCUGUGUCACUAAGAACAUGCAGUUAACCCAUUGUUCUCUUUGCAGCAACAAUAAUUUUCCAUGAACUACCCCUGUCCUAUCAUGGCCCACUGACACCAGUAACAGCAUUAGGUAGGGGUGUAUUUUAAUCCCUGUCCCCCACUUUUGAAGACUGAGAAAUGGAAAGUUAGCCUAGAAACACCAAGUAAAUAUAGUCAGAAGAUAUAAGUUGUUAAACAUUAGAAAGAUUUUUGCACUCAUUUGUUUUGGAAUAUAAUAAUUCCAUAGCAAAUCUUCACAGGAGACUUCAAGAAAUUCUUGUUCUUGGUCAAUUUCAAUUUCAAAGCUUUUUGGUUUGUUUGCCUUUUCAAUUUUCAUGCUAUAGGGAAAAAUAUGAUUCUGGUUGUUCAGGGUUGUUGUUAAUUAUUAUAGUUGUGUAAAAUUGUUUCAUUUUGUUUGAUUAUUUUAUUUUGUGUGUAUUGUGCACAACUUUAGGGGGAAAGUACACUAAUUGUGCUGUUCCUUAUAAAUGGUACACAUUAUUGACACAGACAAAUAAAGUUUCUAAUUGUUUCUGAUUUAA